CUUCCUCUCUCUUGUGCUCAUGUUUAUUAAAAUUAUUACCAACACAGAACAGAAAAUGAUAAAGAAACUCUGCACUUGUUUCGGUGAGAUUAGGGUUAUGGCUGCAGAAAAGCCCCACAUUGGAUCUUGAGUUUGGAUUAGUUUGUUUAACAGUCCUAAAGCAGGCUGCAUCCAGCUUCUUCUGAUCUGAAAAGAGUGAAGCCUAUGUCUCAGUCCCACGGCCUCCUUUUAUCACAUUAGGCCGCUUAAAAUGAAUUAAAAUCCGCAUGGUUGGAUGAGUCAUUCGCUCCCAGGUUCGACAACAAAAGCCUUUGUCGCCCUCAGGCGGGGGUAAGCAACGGUGCACUGCGAGCUAACAAUAAAACGGCAGUCGCCUGUUCGCGAAACCAUCGUACCGUCAACUGACACUGUGACGUUAUUGGCACGCUCCGUGAACCCAGGCAGGGGGGGAGACGCUUCCGGAUUGGCUGUACGUAAGGGGCCGUUGCAGUCACGUUCAACUAUUGGUGAAUAAGUCGCAGUGCGUGAAUUUGAUUGGGUAGCAGUCGCGUAGGCGGGCAGAAUAUCAUGUUCGGUUGUGGAGCCAAGGCCGGUACUAAGCAUUUCGGCACGUUGUGAAGCCGUUAGCGAUCAGGCAGCCGCUGCUGUGACUCUUAGACACUUCCUGUUUGUAAAGCGCAGUUUUCCCCAAAAUAAUUCAUCCGGUGAGAUUUCAAGUUGACCAAAGAAAUGGUGAUGGAGAAGCCAAGUGCCCAGCUGGUCGGGCGAGAGUUUGUCCGACAGUAUUACACACUCCUGAACCAGGCCCCCGACUACCUGCACAGGUUUUAUGGAAAGAACUCAUCCUACGUGCAUGGUGGCCUGGACAGCAAUGGCAAACCAGCGGAGGCCGUUUACGGACAAUCUGAGAUCCAUAAGAGGGUGAUGGCUCUGAGCUUCCGAGAUUGUCACACCAAGAUCAGACACGUGGACGCUCAUGCCACCCUGAAUGAGGGUGUGGUGGUGCAGGUGAUGGGCGAGCUGUCCAAUAACAUGCAGCCCAUGAGGAAAUUCAUGCAGACCUUCGUGCUGGCGCCCGAGGGAACCGUUGCAAACAAAUUCUACGUCCACAAUGAUGUGUUCCGUUACCAGGACGAAGUGUUCGGCGACUCCGACUCUGAGCCGCCUGAGGAGUCCGAGGAUGAGGUCGAGGAGCUGGAGGAGAGGGUUCCCUCCCCUGACGUGGCUCCAGAGGAGUCGGCUCCUUUCUACGACCCAGCAGCCUGUUCAGAGCCAGCCGUUCCUGGUGACGAGGAGGAAGCGGUGGCAGCAAGCCCAGAACCAGAGCAGGAAGCAGAGAAGGAGGCCGAGGCGGUGGAGCUGAAGCCCGAGACGCAGACGGACACGCAGACGGACGCGCACACAGGUGAUGAGCAGACAGAGAAAAGCCCCGCCCCCGCCGCGCCACCCGCUACAGAAGCUGUCGCUGCACCCGCUGAGCCCGCCCCUGCUGCCCCGGAGGAAAACAGGCCGUUCUCCUGGGCAUUGGUCACCAGUAAGAACCUCCCUCCCAGCGGGGCUGUCCCUGUCUCAGGAAUCCCUCCCCAUGUCGUCAAAGUCACCCCCACAGCACCGCCCAGAGCUGAAGUGAAGUCAGAGUCCCAGACACCAGCACAGAGACCACAGAGAGACCAGAGGUCGAGGGAACAGAGGCCGGGAGGUCCUCCGCCUGCUCACAGAGGCCCCAGACCAGCUCGAGAAGGAGAGCAGGGUGAGUCGGAGGGGCGCCGGGUGGUCCGGUAUCCCGAUGCCCACCAACUCUUUGUGGGGAACGUGCCUCACGACGUGGACAAGAACGAACUGAAGGAGUUCUUUGAGCAGUACGGGACGGUCCUGGAGCUCAGGAUCAACAGCGGAGGGAAGCUUCCAAACUUCGGCUUUGUGGUUUUCGACGACUCUGAGCCCGUCCAGAAGAUCCUCAGUAACAGGCCCAUCAAGUUCCGAGGCGACGUGCGCCUGAACGUGGAGGAGAAGAAAACCCGGUCAGCCAGAGAGGGCGACAGGCGGGACGCCAGGCCUCGGGGCCCCGGUGGCCCCCGGGCCCAGAGAGCGGGUUGGGGCAGCGGGGGACCCCGGGGCCCCUCGGCCCGCGGAGGCACGUCACAGAAACCCAGCUUCGGCUCCGGACGGGGCGCCGGACCCAGCGAGGGACGCUACCCUGCCCCCCGCCAGUGAGGCUCCCGGCCUCUGAACCUGAGUUCAUUACUGUCAUUUACCUGAGCAGGUGUGUGCCUGCCUGCAGCAGGAGCUGAUUGGACACGGCCAAAUUCUCUGCUCCGGUCCUGGGAGGGAAAAGCAAGGAACUCUGUGCAGUCGUGGUUCCUCUUCGUUUCCCUCCCGGUGCAGGAGCAUCAAAACAGGUUUCAGUAAUCAACGCAGGUUUAGUCGAGAGCUCCGCCCGCUCCUUCCUGCUGAUUUCAGCAGCAUGUGUCUCUCCUGAAGAUGGCUGCCUCUUCCUCCUCCCCAGAUGCCCUCCACUCCAGCCUCCUCCUCCUCACCUGCUGAUUUGAGGACGUCGCUCUCAUUUCUCCCUUCGUCUCCUCCUCCUCUUCUUUGACUUCCACCAACACAUGUAUUAUUUGGACUCUUGUCUGUUUUUUGUUGUUUUUCAUGCUGAACUUGAAUUUAUUAAACAAAUCAAAACAUGCAAACACAUAAAGGGUAAAUACUACUUGAAUUGGGGAUAAUGAACCCAGAGGUUAGGUGUUGUUUUUCGCGUUCUCUCCCUGUUUCUUAAAGGAACGUGUACUUUACUGCUUGGGCAAUCCUGUGUAUUGCUGCCACCGUUGUAUCUAGCGAUGGAUCUGUCUUAUUUUUUUUCUAUCAGGUCAAGAGCUGAACUAUAGUGGUUUUAUUUGAGUAAUAAUAAUGUUGGCUUGUAAUAUGUGGAUUGACAGACGUGUCUGAAUGGAGCAUGUUUCCAAACCCGUUGUUAGGCUUCUACCGAUGCACUUCAUUUGUCAUGUUUAAAGCGAGCUCACCGGCCAACGAGAGAACUAAAUUAAAGUGAAUUACUGUUUUGAA